GUCGGAGCGAAGCAGCCGGCGGAACAGGGCGCUUAACCCGGUCAGCCAUGUCAUCAGAGCCUCCCCCUCCGUCACAGCCUCCCACCCAUCAGGUACCUGUUGGGCUGCUGGACACCCCUCGUGCCCGAGAGCGCUCACCGUCCCCUCUGCGGGGCAAUGUGGUCCCAAGCCCACUACCCACUCGCCGGACGAGGACCUUCUCAGCGACGGUUCGGGCUUCACAGGGCCCCGUCUACAAAGGAGUCUGCAAAUGUUUCUGCCGAUCCAAGGGCCAUGGCUUCAUUACCCCGGCUGACGGAGGCCCUGACAUCUUCCUGCACAUCUCUGACGUGGAAGGGGAGUAUGUCCCGGUGGAAGGCGACGAGGUCACCUAUAAGAUGUGCUCCAUCCCUCCCAAGAACGAGAAGCUGCAGGCCGUGGAGGUAGUCAUCACCCACCUGGCGCCGGGGACCAAGCAUGAGACCUGGUCCGGGCAUGUCGUCAGCUCCUAGGAGACUCCAGAAACACCCCUUCUCCUGGGCUCAUGGGAGACUUUGGGGGGUGAGGAGGGGGUAGGACCACACUGGAGAUACCAUUCUACCAUAUGAGAUGGGGCUUCAAAGGGGGACAUGGUCCCUUUUAAGUAUCUCCUGGAGGAAGGGGUAUGGGGGGCAGGCGUCAGGGUGCUCCUGGCCACCAGCAUAGCCUCUGACCAUCACAGCAACCUCUCACCAUCUGAAAAGCAUUAAAAGCAUUUAAAAAGGA